AAAUAAAGCAUAUUCUACAUAAUCUCAACCUCACCGGAUUUCAAAUCUACAAAGUCUCCCGCCUCUCUCUCUCUCAUGAAGUUACAGCCAUAUUUGGGAUUUUCUGAAGCGUCAUAUGUUUAGAAGAACAAACAUGGAGGAAGCCUAUAGUGAUUUAGAUUCGGUCAAAGAUGAGCUAAAGAAAGUUCAGGCUGAAUGCAAAACUAAGACAGAGCUCUCUGAGUGCUUGAAGAAAGCCCACAGUGAGCAAUUACUCAAAUUUGAAGAAGCUAAACAGUUGAUCGAAAAACAGUCUCAAGAACUAAAGGACAAGUAUGAAGAAGUUGCGGAAGCUAGCGAACUUUCUAAGAAGCUUGAAUCUUGUUUGCAUGAAAAAGAUUUGUCAUUAAGGCAUUUGUGUUCUAUGAAUGAGAAAGCCAAAGAUGUUUUUGAGCAGAAGUUGAGAAUUUUAGAAAGAAAAAAUAUAGAUUUGGUAUCUUCUUUAGAUGAAAUGACUACGAGAAACAAAGAACUAGAGCAGGAUGUGUAUGCGACUACAAACCAGAUUGAGGGCUUUAAAAAGCUUUUGUUGUCUACAGAGAAGAAGUGUACAGAAGCUCAGCAAAUGGCUAAAGAAGGGGAAGGUUUGAGGGAUAUAGAUGAGAUGCUGAUUAAACUGGAGGAGGAAAAUAAUAGUGUUCAGGAUCAGUUGAAGUGGAAGCAGGAGCAAUUUAAACAUCUUGAAGAAGCUCACAAAAGGCUCCAAGAUGAGUUUGAUAUGAGCAAAGAGAAUUGGAAGAGGGAAAAAUUGGCAUUAAUGGAAGAAACUUCGACAUUGCAGACAAGCUUGGAUUGCCAAACUAUAACUCUGGAAGGUCUACAAACACGUUUGGAGAUGUGCAACCACUCUUUAGCUCGUGAAGAAAGCAAGAGGAAAUUCCUGGAGGUUCAGGUGUCUGAUUUUGAAUUGCGAUUUGAGAAUGCCAUUGUCCAGUUCCAAGAAGAAAAUUCACAGAUACAAAGACUGACUGUUCAAAGAAAUGAAGAGAUUGCAAUGUUACAAACCACGCUGGCAAUAAAGGAGACAUUAGCCAAGGAAGUGGAAUUUAAGACUGUACACCUUGAGCAAGAGAAUAAGGAACUCAUCGAAUCUCUAAAAGAACUUCAGGAGGCUCAAAUCAGAAAUGCUGGGACCACUACUUCUGCAAAAAUGCAUAACAAGCUUAGACACUUGGAAAAUGCACACAUCAGCUGUUCUGAAAAAUUGACAGCAAAAGAGCUUGAAUGUCUUUCAGAAAUAGAAAAGAUUAAAGGAAAUGUGAUUAGUUUUAAUUCUGAAUUGAAGGAUAAAGAUGAACAAAUAAAGAAGCUUCAGAUGGAGCUGGAAAGUUGCUGUUCUACAAUUCAGGUGUUAAAUGAAGAGAUUACAAUAACAUUAGCAUUCUUUAAAUCAGAAAUUUCAGAGGCAUACUCCAAAACAUAUGAUAUGAAAGAUGAAAUGAAGCUGUUUAACAAAAAGAAGGAAGAAAAUGUUCCAUUACUUACAGCUCAGUUGGAGAUGAGUUGCAGUGCUCUAGAUGUUGUUCGUCUUGAAUUUGAGGAAGAACAAAAAAAAGUAGAAAGUUUAGCAGAGAGGGUGGAUUCACUGGAACCUAUGAAACAACCACCAUUUCUUAAAGAUGAGGAGCUUCAAAGACACAAAAAAAUUCUUGAAGAAUAUUCUGUGUCCCAACUUCACUUGAAAAAUCACUGUUUUCAGAUGGAAAGUUGCCUCAACAAUGAACUGCCAAAUCAUUGUGAGGUACUAGAAAAGGAAAAUGCUGAGCCAAGUGCGGAGAUUAAUGAAGUAACUCAGUUAGAAGCUUUUGGAGAAGAUGAAGAAGUCUAUAGACAAAUGAAGAAUUGCCUUCUUGUACAAGAUGAAAUGACAGAAAUUUUUAAGAAAGAGAGUGAGAGGCUUACCCAAAUAUUCAAAGAGAAAGACAUGAAAAUUAAAGAUCUCCAGCAGCAGGUUGAAUUACUGGAAACCAAACUAGCAGCUCAAGCAGAAGAAAUGGCGGCCUGCCUACAAGAUAACGAGAAUCAAGCCCGAACUGCAAAAGAAGAAAAUAUUGCCAAUCUGCUAAGAGAUAUUGACAUGCUAAAGCAAGAGUCUAGAAGAAGAGAAUUAGAAGCUGCAACCCUUGCACAGUUGGAUGCAGAGAGAAUUUUUACGGAAGAAAAAGAAAUGCUUUUAAAGGUUUCUAAUGAGAAAGACGAUAUCAUAGAAAAUCUCAAGUUAUUGGCAGCAUCACUGGAGCAACACUUCACAAAUUUAGCUGUGUCCUUUUUUUCAGAAGUCAUAGAAAAGCAGGUAAAGAUUGAUGUGCUUACUGAAGCAUUAGCGAAGAAGAGUGUCACAGCUAUUGACACUGAAGACAAGGAUGAGUUAAUUAGUCAUUUGGAAAAAGAACUAUGCAGUCCGAGUGAGAAACUGGCACAUCAGGAGGAUGAAACUGAGCAACUUAAAGCAUUAAUUAUAUCGAACAAACUGGAAACAGAGAGCUUGAUGGAUAAACAGAGGAGUAUGGAACAGUUAUGCAAACAGCUUGAGCUUGAUAGAGAAGUUCUCCUUCAAGACAUCAUGAAGCUAUCAAUUGAAAAGGAAAACUUGUUGGGUUAUGCUCAAAAAAUUUGUGACAGUAUUGGUCAGCUUUCCAGUGAGGAUGUAGAAAUGAUGAAAGUCUUGGGGAAAAUGUUGCCAAGGUCAAAUGAAGAGAUUCCAACAGAAAUGUAUUUGAUGGUGCCCGAUGAGCUUUGCUAUUCUACUGGAGAGAAUGCUAUUACUUCUUUUUCAGCAACAACAAAGAAACUUGAAUCAAGUAGCAAUGAGAGAUCACCACUCAUGGAGGUCAACCAGAGGCAGAUAUAAGAAAUAACACUGAAUCCUAAGCAAUUUGGAAACUUGUGUUUGGGCAACCUUUUAGUCUGUUGGACAGUAAUACCUGCUAGCGUUUGGAAAGAGAUGGGUCACAAUAUUACCUUUUUGGAUUGUUAUAUAUUCUUGUUUAAUGGAUACUCUACGAGGUUCUGAUUAUACCUUUUGGGUUGGUCUGUGUAUCAAUAAACUCUAAGCUGCUUGGCUAACCGCGCGGAAAUGGAAAAUCUCGAAAUAGGGCUGUUUCCACGCAUGUUCUUGAAAAGGAUCAAAUGGCAGUUUCAUUAGUUUUAAAUGUUUGUAGUGUAAAUUUAAAUAAAAAAUGCUUGUUGUGUACAUUGUGUCGGCUAAAUGACUAUUGUAAUUUACUGGAUUCAACCUUCAACUUUUGUAAUUCAGUCCUAUGUUCUCUGGUCUUUCAGUCCUAUGUUCUUUUGGUCUGCUAAACAAUUGUAAUUUACUGGCUUCAACAAUUGUAAUUUAGUCCUA